UUAAUGUUGUGUGCUAACCGUGCAGAAAGCAACAUGACAGCAAAGGUUUUCAUUUUGAAAUCGCAUUUGUUUUUUUCAUUUCAUUUCAUUUUUUGGUUUUCCAACUGAUCCGCAGAAAAUCCACACUCGUCAAGAAUCUUUUGGUUGGAAUACUAGUGCAGAAAGGGAAAUUCUUCAGCAAACGCGAUCAGACAAAUUUAUUCCUUUCUUAAUUUGUAUGUACCACUCGUCGAUGUAGCAGUCAGAUUGAGAUUUUGAACCCAGAACACAGGUGUACGUAUAUCAAGAACAAUAAUAUAUUUGCUGCACGGAAUAUGGAUUAAACAGAACAUUCGAAGGUGUCAGGAUUAGCAAGAACAGAGAAAAAACUUUGAAACUGCAAUUCAUCAAACAGGAUAUCCGUUCGCAUUUUCAAAACGAUUGCUGUUUUUUGAAGGACGGUUUGACGUUCCCCUACAAGGGUUGACAUUUCUUUAGCACCGUAUCGGCACCGUUUCGUAAAUGGCAUCACAAGCUUGGACCGACGGGCUAAUUCAUGCAAUAAACAACAAAGGAAAGCAAUUGUUCGUUUCUGAUCUAGCCGUAGUCAUCAAAGAUAAAUAUCCUAAGGCUCUUCAUCACUUCCUCGUACUUCCCUGGAAGGACAUCGAUUCCGUUUAUGAUCUUUCCGCAGGAGACACCGUAUUGUUGCAACAUAUGUACGACCUAGGGCUGAAAGCCGUCGGGACAAGUGGAUUGGCAGCUGAUCGGUUUGAUUACGGCUAUCAUAUGAAACCUUCAAUGAGGCGCUUACAUUUACACAUCAUCUCGAAGGAUUACCAUUCGCCUUGUCUUUCCCAUCGAUACCAUUGGAACGCAUUUAAUACGGAGUUUCUAAUCAAGCACGAAUAUGUGGUAGAAAAACUGCACGAAAAGGGAGGUAUAGAUCGGCCUUCCAUGCAGUACAUUAUGCAGCUUCUUGAAACACCAUUGCGUUGCAAUCAGUGUUCGUUUCGGCCGAAAAAAUUCACCGACCUCAAGCUACAUUUACAGCAACACGUGGAAUCUGAAUGCGGCAGUACAGCCAGCUGAGCCAGAUAGAUAAAGCAUACGAGUUCCAGGAUUGCCACAUGCAGUGUGCAGGACAGAUUGCUGCAUCUUUCGUCAUUUCGGCGGAAUAUCUUGCUAGAGGGGAAAAAGCUUCAAGCUGGCUACGGUGUUAAAGAGAUUCGAGGCCAAAACAAUAUUCAGAUAUACUGAUCGAGAUGGCACGGGGAAAAUUUCUCUAUGGGAUAUUUUAUAUCUGCUUUGAUCGAGGCAAAUGCCAAUAUUUCGACAAAGUGCCCCUCAAAAUAGCAGAGGAAUUUUCCAAGUAUUGUUUCCAAUGCGUUUUUGCUUCCAUGAAGCAACACAUUUAACGGGAGUUCAGCGCAACAGGUACACAGCAAGGAAGAACGAAGCUUGCGCUAAUGCUAGUUUGAGAAUUGAAAGUGAAAAGAACCAGUUCCGGAUAAAUGGAACCUUUUAUAAGCUUUGUCCAGUGAGAGCUUUUCCAGCCAUGUGUGGAAUGGGUAGAAAGCUUAAAGUCGAAUUUCAAACCGGACCGUUCUAGUCGAGUCAACGUGUGUAGUCCUCUGUUUUUGUGUAACAUUCCUUAGAAUUACAUAUGUUUAACAUGA